AUGGGCCCUCCGCGGCCUGCCCAGCCCGGCGAGAUGCAGGCGGGGGCGGCGGGCGGCGGCCGCGGGGUGGAAAUGAGUUCUCAGCAGUUUCCUCGGUUAGGAACUCCUGGCCCUGGGCUAAGCCCGGCUCCGGCACAGAUCGCCAGCAGUGGUUCCGCAGGACUGAUAAACCCAGCAGCUGCAGUCAAUGAUGAGUCUUCUCGAGAUGCUGAAGUCACUGCCAGGGAGCAUAUGGGAUCCAGCAGCUCCCUCCAGGCCCGGGAAGAGAAGCAAGAGCCCGUGGUGGUAAGGCCCUAUCCGCAGGUGCAGAUGCUGCCUGCACACCACGCUGUGGCAUCGGGCACCCCUGUCGCUGUGACAGCCCCACCAGCACACCUGACGCCUGCAGUGCCGCUCUCCUUUUCGGAGGGCCUUAUGAAGCCGCCCCCGAAGCCCACGAUGCCUAGCCGUCCCAUCGCUCCUGCUCCACCUUCUACCUUGUCACUCCCUCCCAAGGUUCCAGGGCAGGUCACAGUUACCAUGGAGAGCAGCAUUCCUCAAGCUUCAGCCAUUCCUGUGGCGACCAUCAGUGGACAACAGGGCCAUCCCAGUAACCUGCACCACAUCAUGACCACCAACGUGCAGAUGUCCAUUAUCCGCAGCAGCACUCCCGGGCCACCGCUGCACAUCGGAGCUUCGCAUUUACCUCGAGGUGCAGCAGCUGCUGCUGUGAUGUCUAGUUCUAAAGUAACCACAGUCCUGAGGCCGACUUCCCAGUUGCCAAAUGCUGCAGCAGCUCCACCAGCAGUCCAGCACAUCAUUCACCAGCCAAUCCAGUCUCGUCCACCUGUGACGACUUCUAAUACCAUCCCUCCUGCUGUGGUAGCAACUGUGUCAGCCACCAGAGCUCAGUCUCCAGUCAUUACUACAGCAGCAGCGCAUGCUACUGAUUCAGCACUGAGUCGGCCAGCUUUGUCUAUCCAGCACCCACCAUCUGCGGCCAUCAGCAUUCAGCGCCCUCCCCAGUCACGGGACGCAGCAACAAGAAUAACACUGCCCUCGCACCCUGCACUGGGGACACCAAAGCAGCAGCUUCACACCAUGGCGCAGAAAACGAUCUUCAGCACGGGCACCCCAGUGGCUGCAGCAACAGUGGCACCUAUUUUGGCGACCAACACCAUCUCUUCAGCAACCACAGCCGGAUCUGUGUCACACACACAAGCCCCCACGAGUACAAUCGUUACCAUGGCAAUGCCCUCCCAUUCAUCCCAUGCCACCGCUGUGACCACCUCCAACAUCCCAGUUGCUAAGGUGGUGCCUCAGCAGAUCACACACACUUCUCCUAGGAUCCAGCCUGAUUACCCAACCGAGAGGAGCAGCCUGAUUCCCAUUUCAGGACAUCGGGCCUCUCCGAAUCCUGUGGCCAUGGAGACUCGAAGUGAUAACAGACCGUCUGUUCCUGUCCAGUUCCAGUACUUUUUGCCAACGUACCCACCUUCUGCAUACCCUCUGACGGCACACACAUAUACCCCAAUCACCAGCUCUGUGUCCACCAUCCGACAGUAUCCAGUUUCAGCUCAGGCUCCUAACUCUGCCAUAACAGCUCCGACUGGUGUUGGGGUGGCAUCUACAGUUCACCUCAAUCCCAUGCAGUUGAUGGCAGUGGAUGCAUCUCAUGCUCGGCAUAUUCAAGGGAUCCAGCCUGCACCCAUCAGUACACAGGGGAUACAGCCAGCCCCCAUUGGGACCCCAGGAAUACAGCCGGCACCCAUCGGUACACAGGGAAUUCACUCAGCACCCCCGAUCAGUACCCAAGGGCUUCAGCCUGCAUCAGUGGGUGCUCAGCAGCCUCCGCCCGAAGGAAAAACGUCAGCAAUGGUGCUGGCAGAUGGAGCCACAAUCGUAGCCAACCCUAUUAGCAGCCCAUUCAGUGCUACUCCGGCAGCAACCACCGUGGUGCAGACCCACAGCCAGAGCUCCAGCACCAGCGCCCCCGCCCAGGGCUCCUCCCCGCGGCCGAGCAUCCUCCGGAAGAAGCCUGCCGCGGACGGAAUUGCAGUUCGGAAAACCCUCAUUCCUCCUCAGCCUCCGGAAGUAGCCAGUCCUCGAGUGGAGGGCUCCGUGCGGAGCACGUCCGGGUCCCCGAGGCCCACAGGUGCCAAACCUAAGUCAGAAACCCACGUAUCAAUGGCCACUCCAGCCACCGUGUCCAUGGAAACUGUGUCCAAUCAGAAUAAUGACCAGCCCACCAUUGCAGUCCCUCCCACUGCGCAGCAGCCUCCACCAGCCAUUCCAGCCGUGGUCUCGGCGAGCCCCCCGUCACAGCCGGCGGCUGCGCUCUCCACCCUUCCCGGGGCCGUGCCCGUCACUCCGCCCAGCACCACCAGCGCGGCCGCGCCCUUGCCCGGCGCAGCCGCAGGUGGCAAUCCCUCCUCGCUCCUGGGCCCUCCUGUGCCUGAGAUAAAAGUGAAAGAAGAAGUGGAACCGAUGGACAUCAUGAGGCCAGUUUCUGCCGUUCCUCCGCUGGCUGCCAACACCCUGUCGCCAUCUCUUGCAUUGCUGGCUAACAACCUGUCCAUGCCUACAAGUGACCUGCCCCCUGGCGCCUCCCCAAGGAAAAAGCCUCGGAAGCAACAGCACGUGAUCUCCACAGAAGAGGGGGACAUGAUGGAGACCAACAGCACGGACGACGAGAAGUCCACGGCCAAGAGUCUCCUGGUGAAGGCGGAGAAGCGCAAGUCUCCUCCCAAGGAGUACAUUGAUGAAGAAGGAGUGCGGUAUGUCCCUGUGCGUCCAAGGCCGCCCAUUACUCUGCUCCGUCACUAUCGGAACCCCUGGAAAGCUGCCUACCACCACUUCCAGCGAUACAGUGACGUCCGGGUUAAAGAGGAGAAGAAAGCCAUGCUGCAGGAAAUCGCCAGCCAGAAGGGGGUGUCCUGCCGAGCCCAGGGCUGGAAAGUCCACCUCUGUGCUGCCCAGUUGCUACAGCUGACGAAUCUAGAACAUGACGUCUACGAGAGACUCACCACCCUCCAGGAGGGGAUCCUCCCCAAGAAGAAAGCAGCCACUGACGACGACCUGCACCGCAUAAGCGAGCUCAUCCAGCUGACGGCUGUCUUGUUCCAGGGGAACAUGCAGCGGUGUAAGCUGGUGAUGGACCAGAUCAGCGAGGCCAGGGACUCCAUGCUCAAGGUUCUGGACCAUAAGGACCGUGUCCUGAAGCUUCUCAACAAGAAUGGGACCGUCAAGAAGGUGUCCAAGCUGAAGCGGAAGGAGAAGGUCUAG